AAACUGGGAACGAAUAUUCCCAAAAGAGUCCUGAAACUUUUCCUUACACAUACGCAUCAAAAUAAAACGAAAAAAAUGUUGUUUUCCACACAAAUUAGAAAGAUCAAUAGUAAACUAACAAAAAUCAAGUGUUGUUUUAGGUAUGUUUGUUCAAAUUGACAACACGACGCUAAAAACUUCUCUCAGGGGUAACCGAAAAACAGGCAAUCGACGGUUUGAACAAACACUGAACAGGAACUUUAAAACUCGGUCGUUAAAGCCAUUGUUAAAAAGACUGGCGUCAACCUUGCGUCAACUGUCGCAAUAAAAUGAUAAAUUAGUUCUAAAUUCGAUUUCAAUUUUGCUUUACGCCACAGACGCAAUUCAGUUAUUGUCGUCAUCUUUGCAGAGUUUUUGUCCCAAUCUAUAAAUAAACAAAAUAAAACAUGAGCAAUACACAUAAUGAAGACCGAGGCGGAUAUUACGAAGAUUGAAUCGACAAUAUGGAUUCCGUACUUAUAAAUCAUUUUGAAGAUCACUUUUCUACAAAAACUUCCUGAUGCCGGCAACAAUAGACGUCUGUCUCGACCACUCAUUACCGCGAGCUAUAAGUUUCGUUUUCCAUCUAUCCCUUGUUAAAACUUGUAGAAGAAACUGGCCUUGUAUCUGAGCUGCGUGGAUGCGUGCGUGGAUGCGUGCGUGGAUGCGUGCGUGGAUGCGUGCGUGGAUUACUAUAACUACUGCCUACUCCACGUAAAUAAUAACAAGUAUUGCGGGAUUACUAUAGCUACUGCCUGUUGUCCAGGUAAAUACUAACGAGUGUUGCGGGGGCAUAGGCAAGGUAAUUACGCUGCGAGCCGAGCUUUCUUGAUGGCAGCAUCUGGUACCUUGUUGCGAUACGCCACUUUGCGCAAUGCGAAAGUUAAGAUCAAAUUAACGACCAAAAUGCUCUUAGCUUUGAAAAUGAUAGGAACAUUUUACAUCUUCAAUAGCUGCUCUGGAGUUAAAUGGACUAUUAAAAAUUUAAGUAUCUUCCCAGAAUUGUGUUGAAACCUGAUGGUAUUGUUUUCACUGUCAUUCUUUUAAAAAUAACAUACGGUUUUCAAUACAAUAUCGCCACAGAAAAAGUCAUUCUGUCAAGGUCAGAGGAGAGAGCACCGAUGCUUCUUUUUAAUCUCGCCGAGUUCAACCCCACCGAAAGUUAUAAACGGGUUUAUCUUUCACUUUCGACGCGCCGAAAACUGAAAUUGAAAAUAAUUGAAUAUCCGUAUGUAGGGGCAAUAUUAACUAUGGAAUUUCCAAUGAAUCCCUGUGCCAAACUAAGAAGUGUAAAUAUUAGACCGAAGACCGAAAAAGACCACGGAAAAAAACCCAAAUCCCUGCGACCGCUAAAAAUAGAGAGUCACGCAAACGUAGAUGAAAUAUUUAGAAGGUAAUUGCGCGUUGAAGUGAAACUAGCGUGAGAGCGAAGGAUUUGAGAGGUGACAUGGAACAUUACAGUACACACGCAGUGCUAAUCAGAACAUUAAUUUUCUAAAUCAAUGAUUCGAAGCAACACGCAAUGCAGGAAUCAAGGAGAAAGGCCUUUUACUUCACAUUAGCAACGUGUUAAACAGUGGGAAACAAUCGCAUAAAUUCGAAGUCUGUGGAUGAAAGGUUUUUAAAGGAGCCUUUUGCAAUAGCUGCUUUGCGUUAUUUUGGCCUCAGUGCUAGUGUUGACGAGUAUGGCAUCGUGAAUGAAACCCACCAAUGUCACUUGGAGCGAUGCUAUGUCAAUCAAGCGCACAUCGUCUGAAUGGCGAUCGAUCUGAGCCAAUCAGAUGGCGUUCUUCAAUGGUUGCCACGCGAGCAAAGGCUCGAGUCACUCCAUUCAACAAUUAACGUCCAUCUGCGGUAGAAAUGCAAAAUAGGUUGUCAUGCAAGGUAAUUUACAAUAGCGCAAGUUCAACCACAGAAAAUUCAACCCGAUCGCCCACUUGAGCGAGCAGUGCGCAACGUGCAAUUCGACUGUGGUAUGGAAAAGGAUGGAAAUAUUUUCCCACGUGCGAAAAAACCCAGCAGUUCAACGCGCAAUGAUUUUCGUGAGCCGCCAACGCAAUUUGUUGCGUUAAGGGAUUAGUGUCAAUAUUCCGUUUACGCUCGAUCGCAUCAAUUGCUAUGCAAAUUUACGUGCUUCCACGCAUACGAGCCAGCGUGCACAGCCGAAAACCACACACGAGUAUUACGAAUCCCGUGCGAUAUGCACUGCUAUUUUAAGCAGCUCUGCUGUUGCCUACAGCUGGGGGAAAGAGGAAUAUUUCGCCAGCUUCUCCAGCACGGCUGUUCCCGUUUGCAAAAUACACUCUACUCUAUGAAUGAACCUCGUGGGGCGUCAAGCGAGACUGUUGCUCAUUGGUUAUGCUUGAACGGUUCAAGCCCUGUGAUUGGUCAAGAGACUCAUCAACUUCUGUUUUACCCCCCGAAUUCACACCUGAGAAAGGCUUUGCGCGUGGCUUAUUAGUAGUCCCUUAGAAAAGCAUUUGUUUCACUACGUAGCCGGCUCGCGCUCUGCGACACUACAAAGAGAGUACACAUAAGAAAAUUUCGCCAGUCCUGGCUAAAUCAGCCUCGAGUCAAACUCACAAAAAGCAGCAAUUGUCAACCGCCGAAGAGCUAAGGAAGAGAAAAACACAUUUCAGCUCGCAGACGGUGUAUUUGUAUUUCACUUUCGAGACAUGGUGCUGCACGAAGUUCAGAGAACAUUGUGUGAGAGCUGCAGCAGGCUUCGACGAAGAGAAAUGGUUCACAACACGAUUCAGAGCGGCAAGUUUGACGCAUCCGAGCUUAAACUCGGACGAUUAUUAGGAAGUGGAGGUUUUGGAUGUGUGUACGAGGCAAGAUAUCGCGGUGAGAGACUGGCAGUUAAAAAGCUUCACCAGGGAACAAAGAACGAGAGAGCUGCGCUGGAAAGUUUCGAAGCUGAAAGUUCCAUUCUACACUUCAGCCAUCCGAACAUUGUGCGUACCCUCGCGGUGCUCACAAUAAUGGACGCUAGAUGCGUGAUAAUGGAGUUCGCCGGCGAAAGGAACUUACAAAGCGUUAUAAACGAUCCAUUUGAGGAGUUAGGCAGUGAUCGGCGCAGAAAAUUCUCAUUAAAUAUUGCCACAGCCUUGGAGUUUGCCCACCAACAAGGGCUGGCCCAUCUAGACCUAAAACCGGGCAAUGUGCUCGUAACUGCGGACGAUCAGUGCAAACUGGCAGAUUUUGGGUGCUGCCGAGCCGUGGAGGAAAAUAACAAGCCUGCUAGCCCAACAAAGUCGAAUUUGACGGGAACUUAUGCUUACAGAGCACCGGAACUUCUCAAGGGCGAAAGUCCAACGACAAAAGCGGACAUCUAUUCAUACGGAGUUUGCCUUUGGCAAAUGUUAACAAGAGAGCAGCCUUAUGGAAACGAGAAUCAACACGUAGUUAUUUUCGGAGUCGUCGCGUAUCAGCUGCGGCCCGAAUUAAACGAAGAAAUUACAGGAGAUGAACAAUAUGUAAAUUUAAUCAGACAAUGUUGGCAAGCCGAGGCUAAGUUCAGACCUGCAGCUUCUGACAUUGUUGCCAAGCUCCAAGAAAUCCGAGCUGCUGAGAAAGAAUUUACCAGAGAUCUGCUAGAGGAAAGAAAAGUCAACGAUUGCGACAGAUCAAGAGUUUGUAGUCCUCAGGUGUGCCAUCAAAACACCAGACUACACUAACUGUGGUCUCCAUUAAGGCAGCAGUGCAGUGGACAAUCUAGUUUUCUAGUAUUUCAAUGCAAAUUUUUUGUAAAGUGACAACGGGUUUUAAAUUUUCGGCUCGUGCACAAAACAGUUCUUAUGCUUCUAAAAGGACGUUGGACAAGAAAAAAUGCCUUUUUAUAAAAAUAAAUCAAGUUAUAUUGUAAACAUUUGUAUAAUAUUACCAUUAUAGAAAAAAAAGUGCUCCUGCCAAGACGAAAAUAAUCUAUGAAUUCUCAAUAAAAGAAUGCAACAAUUUGCAAAUUAA